GUCUAUUUGUCUCGAAGCAUUAAGCAUUAUACACUGAACGACACAUUAAUGGCGGACCUAAAGUGGACAUUAUGGUAAUUCCAUGUCUUAAAACAAGCUUUGGGGUACAUAGACGUCCACCGAGAGGAAGCAGGUGACUGGUAAUGUAUUUUAAAACAUAAGUUUGACAUCUCCGGAGCCGAUGUGUUCUUGUCGGUUGGCCGAACGGGUGGAGCGUGAGGCGGCUUUUAUUAGACCUUCCGCAACGUAAGAUCGCAAAAUAGACCCCAAAAAUGGCUUCCUUUUUGGGUUGCUUCAAUGGCCCCGAAGUGUUGGAGGACGUCAAUCACGCUGGGGGUUUGAUGAGGGAGUUGAAGGCAUUGUAUGAUAGUCGUCUUCUCUCGGACGUCACCAUCGCGGUUGACCCGGAUGGAGAGCCCCUGGACCCCGGUGGUGGUUAUGGUGAGAAGCCCCAUGGUGACAGCUCCAACCAGCUGUUUCUGUGCAGCCGCAACGUCCUAGCUGCCGCCAGCCCGUACUUCAAGAGUAUGUUCACCGGUGGCAUGAACGAGAGUGUCCAGGAGAAGGUGGUUAUCCGCGGGGUGGACGUCGAGUCCAUGUCAGUCAUCGUGGACUACUGCUACACAGGCACGGUGACGAUCACGGAGGGCAAUGUGCAGAGGCUGUACGCAGCUGCCAACAUGCUGCAGCUGGAGUACAUCAAGGACGCCUGCUCCAGCUUCAUGACGCGCCGACUGGACCUCUCCAACUGCGUAGGAGUCCUAAAAUUUGCAGACACCUAUGACAACCCGGAGUUGAAAGCUAGCGCUCAGGCCUUCAUCGCCAUGAACUUUGGACAGCUGUGCAGCGGAGGGGAGCUGUGCGAGCUAGAUCUUGUCCAGCUUAAGGAGCUGCUCUCCUUGGACACGCUGGAUGUGGACUGUGAGCGGAAGGUGUGCUCGGCUGCCCUUCAGUGGAUCGAGGUCAAUGCUCCCCAGAAGAAGGAGGAUGCGUUGCAGGCGCUGAGAUGCGUACGCUGGAGCCUGUUCACUGAGAAGGACAAGCGCUACCUCGAAGGGCUGGUGGCGAGCCCUUUCAUUGAGAAGUACUUGGAGUCGUUCUUCAACGGACCUGCUGGGGCCGGCUGCUGUGCUUUGUCCGCGUCCCUGGAUGUCCCCAAGCACAGGAUAGGCGUCAGUGCCAAGGAAAUGAUCCUCUUCUUCGGUCUACCUAACGACCACAUCAUAUGCUGUGACCCAUACUCCGAGGAUCUCUACUUCAUCUCUCCUCCUCUUGUGGACCUCAGCAGCCAGGAUUACAAACGCUCCACCAUGGAGUCCCUCAUCGCGUGUUCUACUCCUGAAAACAACCUCUACCUGGCGUCCCACCUGUCCAAACACUUCUGGCAGUACAACCCGGUGCUCAACACCUGGAAGGAGCUAGCAGAGAGGCCACUAGGGAGGAUCCACUCAGGGAUGGGCUACCUCAACGGUCAUGUUUACCUCCUCGGGGGGAGAAACCCUGUGACGGACGCCCGGCUGAAGGAGGUGGAGUGCUAUAGCGUCCAGAGAAACCAGUGGACCUUCGUGGCGCCUCUUCCUCAUUCCUUAGGUAAAAUGCAAGUGGUGGCGCUGAACGACCACCUCUAUGUAGUCAACAAGAGGCGCAUGCUGUGCUACGACCCCCGCCGAAACCGCUGGCGCCACUGCGGGUCACUGCGGCGGGACAAGCUGCACAAGGCGUGCGUGUACCAGGACCAGAUCAUCUGCGUGUGCGACAUCCCCGUGGUGAAGGCCUACAGCCCGGCCAGGGGGGAGUGGAGGCGGCUGGGCGACAUCCCCAUCGACAGCCGUGCCCUCAACUAUCAGGUGAUCCAGCACAGCGGCAAGCUGCUGCUCCUCACACAGACGCUGCUGCAGCACAACAAGAACCGUGUCCUCAUGCACGAGUACGACCUCGCGCAGGAGAGCUGGAAGACCGUCAUGGCCGUCUACGUGUCCACGCUGGGACCUGUGUGUGUUUCCACACGUGUCUACCCGGCAUGCCUCGGUUCGGCACACAGUUUCUCCAUGGAGGAGGAUGAUGACAGCGGCUCCAGUGCCGACUGGGACCUGGAUGGCUUGACGGACGCAGAUUCCGACUCGGGCAGCUCCAGCUCAUUCUCGGAUGAGAACUGGUAGUGGAGA